GUGCGCUUCUCGAGUUGUCCGUUACACUAGUAAUUGAGACUAAGUGUAAUUAAACUUGUAAAAGAUUUGUCCUAACAGUUUCAUCUCUGUGCUAAUGGGAUGGUGUAACCUAAACUGUGUACUUGGGUGCCAGAUUACACGUUACGUAUGACUGACUGACUUUAGUUUGCUGUUCUUUCCAGGAAGUACCAUGCAGACUGUAUUCAUGGUUGCUGAGAAACCAUCACUAGCUGAAUCAAUAGCGAAAUCCUUGUCUAAUAAGCGUAAUUCAAGUCGACGUGGAUUCAAUGGAGCAUGUUCUAUUCAUGAAUGGACUGGUCAAUUUAUGAGUGAACAAGUUCGGUUUAAAAUGACGUCAGUGUGUGGUCACGUAAUGAAUGUCGAUUUCUUAAGUCGUUAUAAUAGUUGGGAUAAAGUAGAUCCUGUAAGUUGAUUUUACUAAUCUAUCAAAUUCAGGCUGAGUUGUUUGUUGCCCCGAUUGAGAAAAAGGAAGCUAACCCCAAAUUGAAAAUGGUGGAUUUUCUUCGCCACGAGGCGAAAAAUGCUGGUAUAUUAAUUCUUUGGCUGGAUUGUGACAAAGAGGGUGAAAAUAUCUGUUUUGAAGUCAUAAAUUGUGUCCAUUCAGUUAUGGUACAUCCCAAAAGGAUUCUACGUGCACAUUUCAGUGCUGUUACUGACCAAGAACUACAUGGUGCUAUGAAAAAUCUUAGAGAACCUAACAAACACGAAGCAUUGUCAGUAGAUGCUAGGCAAGAACUUGAUCUUCGAAUCGGUUGUGCGUUCACUAGGUUCCAAACGAAAUUUUUUCAAGGGAAGUAUGGUGAUCUAAACAGCAAUCUUGUAUCGUUUGGACCUUGCCAAACACCUACACUUGGAUUUUGCGUAAAACGACACGAUCAAAUCCAAUCAUUUAAACCGGAAACAUUUUGGCGGAUAAAGGUCUCGGGUGUAGAUGAUACCGGGAGUGUAUUAGAAAUGUCAUGGAAUCGUGAUCGUAUCUUUGAUAAAGAAGCUGCUUCAGUAUUUUUAAGUCGAGUCAAGUCUUCCAAAACAGCAGAAGUCGUCCAGGUAUCUGUCAAACAGAAAAUUAAACCACGUCCACAAGGUUUAAAUACAGUAGAAAUGUUACGAGUUGCCAGUGCUGGUUUAGGUAUUGGACCACAUAGUGCAAUGGCUAUUGCGGAACGAUUGUAUACAUCUGGUUACAUAAACUAUCCACGUACUGAGACAACAGCUUAUCCAAACACAUUUGAUUUACGUGGAUUACUACAGCAGCAGGUGAAUAAUCCAGUUUGGGGAGAUAUAGCUCGUGAAAUUCUAAAAAGUGGGUUAACUCCACCUCGUGCUGGUCAUGAUGCAGGUGACCAUCCUCCUAUUGCUCCUAUGCGUUUUGCGUCUUCCCAAGAACUGGGACAUGAAGCCUAUCGAUUGUAUGAAUACAUUACACAACAUUUUAUCGCUACUAUUAUGCCGGACUGUUGUUAUGAACAAACACAAGUGACCGUAUCCGUUGGUGAUGGUGAAUUGUUUACAAUAAGUGGAUUAAAAGUAGUUGAACCUGGUUUUACACGAAUAUUAACUUGGCAAGCAAUAGAAGAUAAAUCGUUGCCUAUGGCACUCCUUAAUCAAGGCUAUCAAUUCAAUUUACUUGAAGAACCAAGUUUAAUUGAAGGACAAACUGGUCCACCAGACUAUUUAACUGAGGCUGAAUUAAUUACCGCUAUGGAACGUCAUGGUAUUGGAACUGAUGCAUCAAUUCCAACACAUAUAGAAAAUAUCGUUCAGAGAGGUUACGUUCAACUUCUUUCGGGGCGAAAACUACAACCUACACCAUUAGGGAUUGUACUUGUUCAUGGUUAUCAAACAAUCGAUGCCGAACUUGUCCUACCACAUAUGCGUAGAGCUGUUGAAGAACAAUUAAAUCAUAUUGCUCGUGGUCAUGCUAAAUAUGAUUUAGUAUUACAAUUUGUUUUAGCUAUUUUUGCCGCAAAAUAUCGUUAUUUUGUUGAACAUAUCAAUGGUAUGGAUCAAUUGUUUGAAGUUUCAUUCACUACUCUAGCUAGUUCAGGUAAACCUUUAUCCAGAUGUGGCAAAUGUCAUCGAUACUUAAAGUUUAUAGAUUCUCGACCACAACGUCUUCAUUGUUCUAUUUGUAAUGAAACAUAUACAUUACCACAGAAUGGUACAAUUCGACCCUAUAAAACCGAAAAGUGUCCUUUAGAUAAAUUUGAACUACUAUGCUAUACUCAAGGCGGUAAAGGAAGAAAUAUGGUUUUUUGUCCAUAUUGUUUUUCUCAUCCACCAUUUGAAUCAAUGCCAAAAUUAUCCGGUUGUAAUAGAUGUCCUCAUCCAACAUGUCCACAAUCAAUGGAAUCAUUAGGAGUUGAUGCAUGUCCUGAUUGUCCAUAUGGUAUACUAGUUUUAGAUGAUUCUAAUGCACCAAAAUAUCGUUUAAAUUGUAAUAGAUGUCCAACAUUCCUGUCUAUUUCUGACGCUGUAAAAAGUAUGUCUGUCAAAAAUGUUAGCUGUUCAGUAUGUACAGCUAUGCAUCUUAACUUGAGACUUGAUCCGGGUAAAGUCCCUAAUUCAAGCGAAGAUAAUUCUGAAAAAAUUAGCACUACAUUCUCUGGAUGUGCAUUCUGUACAGAAUCAUUAUGUUCAUUAUUCACUAUUGUAAGAAAAAAGGAAACACCGAAUAAUCCUACUGUCAAUUUACGUGGUUCACGCCAUCAUUCUGGAACCCAUCAACGAGGUGGUCGACGAGGGCGGAGUUUUCGAUAAAAUUUACAGACUAUGAACUAUAUUGAUGUCUGCUAACUGAUACUUAUAAAUGUAAUUCGUGUACAUUUAUAGUUGUGAUCAUAUUACACUGUACAUAGUUAUCGUCUUUGUUAAUAUAAAUAUAUACAUAUACUAAAGCA